UGCGUAAUCGAUGUUACGGCGCAUGAUAAAGUUGAAGGAUUUGCAGUGAACCAAACCUGUCUUUUUCCCCCGAUUUUAUUUUACAUAUGUUUUAGUGCCUUCACAAAACCUGGAAACCGUUCAUGGCAGUAUGGAGUUAGAAACCUUCCAGAAGAACCAGACCCUUGCAAUGAGGAAGAAAUUCAUCGGCCAAUCGUGUAGACUAUUUUAUUCCGACGAUCCUGUGAAAAUAGUAAAAGCUCGAGGACAGUACCUAUAUGACGAGAAUGACAUGCAAUACUUGGACUGUAUCAGUAACGUUCAACACGUGGGCCACUGUCACCCCAGUGUCACACAAGCGGCCGCUGCACAGAUGGAGCAACUGAACGCAAAUACACGGUUCCUGCACGACAACAUUGUGCAGUACGCCAGCCGUCUCGCUGCCACUCUUCCCGAGAAACUGUGCGUCUUCUAUUUCGUCAACUCAGGGUCGGAGGCCAACGACCUAGCCUUACGGUUGGCUCAUCAGUACACCCAGCAUGAAGACGUCAUAGUGCUCGACCAUGCCUACCAUGGCCACCUGAUGUCGCUCAUUGACAUCAGUCCAUACAAGUUCCGGAAGCUGUCUGGACAGAAAGACUGGGUUCACGUGGCCCCGUUGCCAGAUACCUACAGGGGGCUGUACAGAGAAGACCACCCCGACCCGGCUCAGGCCUACGCUGACACAGUCAAGGACUUGAUCGACCAGGUCCACCUAAAAGGUCGCAAGGUGUCCGCGUUCUUUGCUGAAUCAUUGCCCAGUGUCGGAGGUCAGAUCAUUCUUCCCUCAGGAUAUUCAACCAAAGUAGCAGAAUACGUGCGUUCUGCGGGAGGGGUGUUCGUGGCGGACGAGGUGCAGACUGGCUUCGGGCGUGUCGGGAGCCACUUCUGGGCCUUCCAGAUGGAGGGCGGGGUCUUCUGCCCGGACAUCGUCACCAUGGGGAAGCCGAUGGGCAACGGGCACCCCCUGGCCUGUGUGGUCACCACCGAGGAGAUUGCUGCGGCGUUCACAGCUAACGGAGUCGAAUACUUCAAUACGUUUGGGGGAAACCCGGUCUCAUGUGCCAUCGGGCUGGCGGUUCUGGAUGUAAUCGAGAAGGAGGACCUACGGGGAAAUUCCACCCGUGUUGGAGGCCACCUUAAACAGCUGCUGGCGCAGCUGCAGACCAAGCACCCGUCCAUUGGGGACGUUAGGGGUGUGGGUCUGUUUGUGGGUCUGGAGCUGGUGACUGACCGAGAACUGCGGACCCCCGCUACAGAAGCCGCUGCACAGGUGGUCCAGAGACUAAAGCUGCAGAGGAUCUGUGCGAGUACGGACGGACCCUGGGAGAACGUGGUGAAGUUCAAGCCCCCCAUGUGCUUCAGCAUGAAGGACGCAGAGCUGGUGGCUCACCACAUCCAUCUCAUUCUCACAGACAUGGAGACCAACGCAGACAAACGGGACAAGUGAGACAUCUAAGGUUUGCAAAAAACCUGUAGAAAAAUUUAAUGGCAUCAGUCAUUAGACAUUGUGAGUUGGUCACAUUCAUCAGGUUGAGAGGUAGAGAACUGGAUGAAGGGAGUCUCACAACACUCCUGAGACAUCGACAUUCGUCACAGAUGGCAACAAACACCAUUUUUAAAAUGAUUCCUAGCUAAAAAGAUAACAUUCACAUGACAGAACCAAAGUGACAUUCUCCAGACCAUAUCGCGAUUGUCUUUCACAGCCAUUGAUCACCUAAAUGGUGGAUAAAGCCAUAUGCAAUCACCAAUAUCUUGUAUGUUCUAAGAGGAACUCAGAAAUUAAGGCCACUGAAGACGUUUUGUCAACAAAAGGCAGGUUUGUCAUAUUGGAACACUGUGUAAGUUUUAUACCAUGAAUGAUACAAAUAAACAUUAAACGCAUUCCCUCUGUUUCUCAUGCGGCUGGUUGAGGUAUAGACUGGAACUGGAUAGGGCGCUACUGUGAGGGGUGACAAGGGGAGACACCUGCUCAGUAGACCACAGCAAACACCUUAUUGCAUCCAUUAGUGUCUGCCCUCAGCGACACGGUCACAUGACAGACUUCACUGUGGGCAGGAAGAGCCAUAGAUGGGGGGGGGGGGGGGGGGGGGGGGGUUGGGGGGGUAGGGGGAGACACUUACCAGAGGACAACGACUACAUCCUGGACUCAGUCACCUCUAAACACACCCAGUGCUGUCGUUUUAUCAUCCACAUAUAGCAGGUUUCAAUCAGCUAGUGGGGCGAGGAUACGAACUCAACUGUCACCCAUUCUGACCAGUUAUCCUGCUGCCAGCGAAGACUUCUCUUUCUCCACUUCCCAUAGGGGCAUCAGCAGAGCAUUUAACAUUACCAAUAAAGACAAGACAAGCAAGCCAUUUAACAGUUAAAGCAUUUAACAUUAACCACAUUAGCAUUAGGUUUAUAAAUAAUAACAAAAGGGUCCACGUGUAAUAUAAACCAAAUGUUUAUUUCUACCAAUUUGCCCAAGACACUAGAGGAAUGAGUAUCCAGUCGUACAUUAGCAGGCUUGCGCUCGUUGUAGUAACACUAGUAAAGCCACUUUUUAAAAACUACACAAGAUGGGGAAAGAAAAAAAAAAAAAAAAUUCCUUAAAAGCCAAAAAACAAUUGCGGGUUGUCCUUGUCUACUAUCCAACUGCAAACAUUCACUAGACAAGCUUACAAUGAAACCUUUUGAUUCGUUUUUUUAAAUCCCUCAUCUUUCCUCACCCCACUCUGAAGCCAUGCAACCUGUGUCUGAACACUCGCACUGGAACAAAUAUCUAAGUCUAGAAACACCAAAGAAAAAAAAUAAGAGAAAAAUAACUAAAUUGUUUUAUUUUAUAAGCUUUGAAAGCUCUGCUCCUGUUUGUUGGUAAUUCCAGUAGACAUGUAAAAUACAACCAUACAAUACAUUAGAUUCAAAAAGGUACCAAAAAGUACAGUAAAAAUAACACUUCCAUUGCUGGAAAUGUAAAUGGACACUAAACAAUAUAAAAUAAAAAGUGGAAAAGUGACAUUUGCUUCCCCAGUUCCUCACUUGAUCUGUACAAAUGGAGCAUGAGUCCAAAUUUCUGCCAACUCCAAAGGAAAAGCCAGACCCCGUGUUGGCUGUGGCUGGAACACGGGAUCAUCCUCCUAUCUUACUUUAGACCUUGAGAGGGAAAACAAUGGUGCUCACAGUUACUGAGAAAACACCAGUGGCAAUUUUUUUUUUUUUUUUUUUUUUUUUUUUUUUAGU